AAUGAAAUAAAUGAGUGCUUUUAAUCGGAUAUGACAUUAUGGAAAGUCCAGCAUUAAUUGUUUCUUAAGAAUCCAACAUCAUUACCAAUUAAUGUAUUAACACAGAACAUAUGUUAAAACAAUUUUUUGUGCGUGUACUGAAAAGCAGUUUAUAUUUUUCUUGUGCAAAGAAACAACAUGUCCGCUAUCUUGUUUGGCGUCCGAACCAAUUUUUUAUUUACCACAUAUCACAGUGUAAAUCUGAGGUGAUGUGAUUAAAUUUACAAUUUUUGUAACAAUGCACUGUGCCGCGAGACGUAUCCUCAGAUUUUUUACGUGAACAAUGACGGAGCCGGAACUUUGCCGGCUCUGCGCCGAGACCAAAGAAAAUUUUAUUGGAAUUUAUGAUGCUGAAGGACAAAAAUUAGCUAUAGAAGCUAAAAUAUCAAAAUGUUUACAGAUUCAGGUAUUAAUAAGUGAUGGAUUACCACUUACAGUUUGUAUAGACUGCUGUAUAUUACUGAAUCAGUGCAGUGAUUUUUUUGAGAAGACCAAUCAGGCACAAACAUCUCUCAGACAAUUACUUACAGAUACUAAGUCUGAACCACAAUCAUUAGCAGCAAACAUAGAUUACAUUCAAAAAACAGUUGCAUUUCCAAAAGAAGAAGAAGUUGGAGAUAUGAUUACAGAAUGUCAACUAUCAAAUAGCUACAUUCAAGAAUCUAAUGCUUCACAUGAUUAUUUUAUUGAAGAAAAUAAAAAUAUUAGUCAAGAAAAGUAUGAAACUCAAGAACCAGAAAGCAAUGCAAAGGAAAAGAAAUGUAAAAUACAAAUGAAGAAAACCUCACCUAAACAACCUAAGAAAAAAUUAAAACGAAAAAACCAGAAUCAAAAAAUGGAAGAUUCAAAUUUGUAUAUAAAUUCUGAUUUAGAAAAAGAACAAAAUAGUAUGAGUGUAAAGACUAAUAUUAAGAUUCCAGAUAAUUACAUGACAGGUACAGAUUCAGAUUUAGAGAUCAUAGAAUCCCAUACAACAGAGGCAUUAAAAUUUGGACAUAAGAGAGGAGAGAAUAUGGAUAGGUAUCCUUGGCUUUGCACAGACUGUAAUGAUAAAUUACCAAGUUUAGAAGGAUUAGAAGAGCAUCAUGAAACUGUACACAACCAACAAGCAAAAUACAUGUGUGUGUUAUGCUGUAAAGUUUAUGAUAAAUAUUAUGGUUUUCUUACUCAUGUCAAACGACACAAAAAUAAAGCAAAAUUCAGUUGCGAAGAUUGUGGGAAAUCAUUUGUACAUAAAAAAGUAUUAGAUUCUCACAAAGCAAUUCAUAGUGAAGAACGGCCUCAUGUAUGUCAAACUUGUGGGAAAACAUUUAGACAGCAGAGUGCUUUGUACAUCCAUAGUCGAUGUCAUUUACCAGAUACAAUGAAGAAUAGGUUUCCAUGUGAUCAGUGCGACAAAAGAUUUUCAACAAAACCAAAUUUAGUUACACAUAAACGCAUCCAUUCUGGCGUUAGAAAUUUCACGUGCGAUCAAUGUGGUAAAAGUUUUAUUCAGAAAGGAAAUUUGGAAGCUCAUUUUUUAACUCACUCGGCAGAUAAACCCUACAGCUGUACUCAGUGUUCAAAAGCCUUUAAAACUCCAUUGCAAUUAAAAAAACAUGAAACAGUUCAUACUGGAGCUAAACCACAUCAGUGUGCUGUAUGUGGAAGAACUUUUAGAGAAAAAGGAACGUUAAGAGAGCAUCAUAGAAUACAUACUGGAGCAAUGCCAUUUACAUGCGAAUUUUGUGGUAAAUGUUUUCGCUUCAAAGGCAUACUGACUACUCAUAGGAGACAACAUACUGGUGAACGUCCGUAUAGUUGCCUUGAAUGUCAACAUCAUUUCACAAAUUGGCCAAACUACAAUAAACAUAUGAAACGUAGACAUGGAAUUAAUACAUCGCACACGAAACAUUUAUCGCAAUCUCAACAGUUAGAUUCACAACAACCAAUACAUCAACAGCAACAACAAUCAGAACAAUCACAAACAAUCCAAUCAAAUCCCAAUGAAGAUCCCUUGGCUAUUAUAUCCCACACAGAGACAUCAACAGUCCAAGUAAUACAAACUGCGUCCCAUGCGUCAGCGUCUCAACCUAUCGUUGUACAAACCAUUCCAACAACAGCAAUUCAAAACUUUCAGUCUGAUGUGACAGGUACUGUACAAGAUGCUGUGUUUCGUGAAAGAAAUGCAACGUACUUCAAUGCAAUGCCAGCCACACUGCAAAAUUUUUUACCACCCAAUUUACCAUACAAUUUUUAUAAUAUUUCAAAUGUUACAUACAGAGAAUGAUGAUUUCAUUUGAUAUAAAUAAGAUAAAAUUGUGUUACACGACCCAGGUUUAAGUAAA